AUGAUUGUCCAAUGACACGUUUCAUUUAUGCUGUUUAUCUUUUCUCCUUCGUCCACAACCAGAACGAGCUACCUUGAAAACAAAGAAAACAGAGAAGAGAGACAGCCUUCGGUACUGCAGAGUAGCGUUCAUCUCCACCUCGCUCCACCGCUAAUGGCCAUGUUUUCUUGUUCAGCUAGGCCUACUAAGCUAUAUGCUGCUCUUCCUCUUCCCCCAGCCAAACAUGGCACUUCUCAUCAUUCUAUAAUGCUCACAUUUCCCUCAUCUUCAAAACCCAAAAAGAAUAAUUCUCGCGUAGGCAUAGACUUAUUAUCAAGCUCCAACAACAACCCUGAUGAUUCUUGGGGAUAUUGGAGGACCAACGUUUCCUUCUUUCAAUUUUUUUCAGCCAAAAGUAAAGAUGUAAAGAGCCUUAAACAGCAACUUCUUGAGGCAAUAGCGCCUCUUGAUCGGGGUGCUGUGGCUACCCCUCAGGACCAAAAACGCGUUGAUGAGAUUGCUCAGGAACUUGAGGCUGUGAAUGAUAUAAAGGAGCCAUUCAAGUCAAAUCUUCUGAAUGGGAAAUGGGAGCUUUUAUAUACAACAUCUCAAUCAAUUCUUAAAACAAAGAGACCAAAGUUCUUGAGACCAAAUGGAAAAAUCUACCAGGCAAUUAAUGCGGAUACUUUAAGGGCUCAAAAUAUGGAAACUUGGCCCUUCUUUAACCAGGCCACCGCUAAUUUAGUGCCUCUAAACACAAGAAGGGUAGCUGUUAAAUUUGACUUCUUCAGAAUUGCAGGUCUGACCCUGUAGAUACCUAUUAAAUCACCUGGAAGUGGCCGUGGUCAAUUGGAAAUCACCUACUUGGAUGAGGAGUUGCGGUAAGUGAUGCAAAAGCUUUUCUUCUUCAAGCAUGAUCAUAUAGUGAUAAGAUUUCUGAUCAUUCUUGAACUUAUCAAGCAUUGCUGGAAUCUGUUUUGUGCAUGACAGUCCUCAAGAACAUGUUUUUUUCAGUUCCCUUUUCUUUUUCUUGUACCAAGUAUAUAUUGAAUAAGGGUUCAGCAUUGAACAUCAGCCUUAGCUUAUGCAAGUCUUUUCAACAACCUUGUGCUUCUUGUUGAGCUCUAGACGAUGGUCCCUUUGUCUGCAGAAUAUCAAGGGGUGAUAGAGGAAAUUUGUUCGUUCUGAAAAUGGCGGAUCCAUCUUACAGAGUCCCUCUCUAAUGUAAUUCUAGUGAAACUUGAUUCUUAAAGCAAAGUUUGAGAAUUCUAGUGAAA